AUGGCUACGUUGACGUACGCGGUAUCUUCGCCUGCACACCUACACGGCGCGCAUACACCCAUUCACCCACGCGCGCCUACUGCGAAUCUGGUUUCGGUCAAGGUGCUCGUUUCGCUGAUUGGCCAAGUUGCCAUCUGUGGAGGCUUCCAAAUGUGGGCGUUUUUCUACGUACGAUCACAACCGUGGUAUACGCCGCCGGUGAUCGAUCCGGACGCUGAACUCAACUCGUCCAACGCCGAGAACUCGGCCGUUUUUCUCAUCUCGAGCUUCCAAUACACGAUUGGCUGCCUUGUCUACACCACCGGUUAUCCGUAUCGCAAAAACCCUAUCACCAACGUAUGGCUCAUGGCCAGCGUCACCAUCUUGCUCCUGUUCAGCUUGUACGCCCUAUUCACCCCGCAAGGAUUUGUCGCCGACAUCCUCGGACUGGUACCCUUCCCGAGAAGCUUCCAUGUCGUCCUCUUUCUAGCCGUCGUCAUCAACACGGCACUCAGUUUCCUGUACGAAUCCUUCCUCGCAAAGUACCUGGUCAAGUUCGUCAAAGCCCUCCAACGCUUCUCCAGACGUUCCAGGCGCUCCAAGAGAAAACAUGCCAACAAGACCUACAAGGCCAUAGAACGUAGCAUGCAGAACGACGGAGAUGCCUAG